AUGAGUUUUCGUACUUGGGAGCUGUAUGAUUAUUCUUUGCUACCAGCAACAACAAAGCAUAUUUGGAGUGUUAAAACAUCAACACAACUUGAAAAACCAAGAUACGUCAUCGUUGGUUUUCAAACAGCACGAAAAAAUGUUGCAAAUAAAGAUGCCAGUCUUUUUGAUCAUUGUAAGAUGAGAGAUAUUAAACUUUUCUUGAAUUCUCAAUCAUAUCCAUAUGGUAAUCUUAAUAUUAACAUAACACAAAAUCAAUAUGCUUUAUUAUAUGACAUGUUUGCUCAAUUUCAAGUUUCGUAUUACGGAAAAGAGUCAGAACCAUUAUUAACAAAAAAAGAAUACAUAGAUCAGGCUCCUCUUAUUGUGAUUGAUUGUUCAAAACAAAAUGAAUUUUUAAAAUCUGGACCCGUUGAUAUACGACUUGAAUUCGAAUCAUUCAAACAGUUUCCCGCUGAAACAUCGGCUGAUUGUUUAAUAUUACAUGAUCGCAUUGUCGAGUACAAUCCAAUCAAUGGCUCCGUCAGAAAAUUAGUUUAA